AUGUCCUACAAUCAAUCAAGGCCCGACAGAAGCGAGACUCAAUAUCGGAGAACUGGUCGAUCCACCGGCUACCAUCAGCAGCAGCAGCAGCAGCAACAACCGCGAUCUUCCACCGCCGGUUACGGUAAGGGUGCCGGCGCUGGAACUGCGCCCGCCCCUUCAACUUCUGUUGAUUCUUCCGUAUCCUCCAAUCGCAGUUUCAAAAAGCCUAGCAAUGCUCAAGGAGGGCAGGCUAGGGUGAAUCUGCCGCCGGUGAAUCAUUCAGUUUCUAACAAUCACAAUGGUCCCAAUGUACAGUCUCGCUCUCAAGGUGCGCCUGGUGAACCGGUCAUUGGCGGAGCGGUCAAUCCAACCAGUGGAGCUAUUCCAAAGGCUGCAGCUUCGCAGUCUCCCGCCAUGAAUUCCGCGCCCAACGCCGCUAAAGCGACUGGAGACCCUUCUAAAGCAUUUCCUUUUCAGUUUGGGUCAAUUGCUCCUGACUUAAUGAAGAUUCCUGCUCGAACUAGCUCAGCACCUCCGAAUAUGGAUGAGCAGAAACGUGCCCAGAUGCAGCAAGCUUCAUUAAGAACGGCUCCUAAUUUGCCAGCUACUGUACCUAAAAAAGAAAUACCAAAUAAGGCUGCAGAUAAUCAGCUGAUGAGGAAAGAGGGGCACAAUCCAUCAAGUGAAAAAGCUGAUGUCCAAGUCCCACAUGUAUCCCCGCAAAGUCAAACACAGAAGUCUCCGAUUACAAAUAUCCGCAUGCCGUCGGUGCAGACACCUUAUCAGCAUGCUCAGGUUCCUCACCCUGUACAUUUUGGUGGCCCGGCUAUGCAUAUGCAGCCUGCCAAUGUGGCUCCAUCCUCGUUUCAGAUGCCAAUGCCUAUGGCUUUAUCUAUGGGGAAUACACCUCAAAUCCAGCCGCAGCUGUUUUUUCAAGGUCUCCCUUCACAUCCGAUGCAUCAUCAGAGUUUGAUGCACCAGGCGCAGGGACAUGGGUUUGCAAAUCCGAUGGGUGCUCAGAUUCAUCCUCAGUUGGGCCACGUGGGCGUGGGGUUGAGCCCGCAAUAUCCACAGCAGCAAGGAGGAAAAUUCGGUGGGGGACGUAAGACGACACCUGUCAAGAUUACACAUCCUGAAACACAUGAAGAGCUGAGGCUUGAUCGACGUGGUGACCCGCAUCCAGAUGGCGAACCAGUGGCUUCAAAACCAUCUAACACACCUCCUAGAUCACAGCCAGUUUCAUCAUUUGCGCAACGACCUGCUAAUUUGGUGCAGACCUCAUAUAACUCCAAUCCCAUGAUAUACCCUCCGGUUUCUGUACCCUUAAACAGUGGUCCAAUGUCUUCUACUCAGGCACCAAGAUUUCAUUUCCCAAAUAUGGACGGGUCUCAGAGGGUACAAUUUAUCAACCAAUCUGCUCAUACCGCUCCACAGCUUAUCAGACCCGCAGCUCCUGCACAUGUUUCAUCUGACUCGUCUUUCUCUGUGAAAGCACGCGAUGCCCAAAAUGUGAUGUCACCUGCUCAACCUGCAGCUGCGAAGAUAACAGUGAAGCCAGCUGUUUCUGAAAAGCUUGGAUCACCUAAGGCCAAGCCACAUGGAGAAGUUAACAUUUCUCUGCCCAAAAAGGAUGUGGAGGCAGGUUCAUUGACCUCUUCACAGCAGCCGAAACCUGGCUUUGUCUCCGGGGUAUCAAAUUCGUCCGCUCCGCCAUCGAAGUCAUCUGUGGAGACUGCUCCAGUUGCAACAACUGAAAUUGGUAGAGGGGAACUGGUGAACGAGUCGAACUCAGUUGAAGAUCCGAAACGAACAUGUAAAGUGGAACCCCCUCCUAAUGUGACUGAGGAUCAUGGACAGACUAUGCCAGACCCUCUGGUUUCUGAUCUUGGUACUCCUUCCAGCUGUUUAGCUCCCGACACAGAAACCAUUGCUGCUAAGGAAAAUUCAUCACUUCCAUCUACCAAUGGGUUUAAGAAACAACUGAUGGAGGUGUCUCCUAAAUCGGAUGCUCGAACGUCUGACUCGCGUGAUACAAAUACUGAUAAAACUACAGAAGGGUCAAGCCAUGCCUCGUCAGAGAUUUCUGGUUCUUCAUCGCUAGAGAAAGACCUAAAAUGUGAUGAGCAGACUGUUUCUGACAAGCACGUUGAAAGCUCUGUAAUUUCUGAUGAAAAACACGAAAUUAUACUAGGUGUGCUUGGGAAAUCACAGAAAGAGGUGGAUGGUGCCACAGACAUCUGCUCUGACUCAGAAAAAUUAGCUGAAGUUACAGAUGAUACGAGCUCUGAGCUUCCACAUUCUACUCAUACUCAGUCCUCUACUGGUCCUCCUGGGCAUUCUGAAACACUGUCGAGACAUCAGGGGGUAGAAAAUUCUGGUGAUAGUUUGAACUCUGUCCCAGCUACUCUCUCAAAGGAUAAACCUGCAUUUGAAUCGAACACAAGAAGAAAUACUUCGAGCAAAGGAAAAAAGAAGAUAAAAGAAAUUCUUCAAAAAGCAGAUGCUGCGGGGACAACUUCUGAUCUCUAUAUGGCUUACAAAGGGCCUGAAGAAAAGAAAGAGACAACAAUGCCUUCAGAGAGCUCAAAUGUUAUUCACGAUGCUACAAACCAGAAGCAGGCUCCUGCCACACCUCCGGCUGUUGCUGAAGCAACCGUGGAUGCUGAACCUGUGAAAAAUGAACCGGAAGACUGGGAAGAUGCAGCCGAUGUUUCUACACCAAAGUUAGAAACUGGAGAUUAUCGUGUGCACGCAAAGAGAGGUUCCUCAGACGAGGCCAGAGACAGUUGCAGCAAUACGGAAAAGAAGUACUCCCGGGAUUUCCUCCUUAAGUUUGCAGACCUGUUUACUGCUCUCCCUGAGGGCUUUGACGUCGCGCCUGAUAUUGCUACUGUCUUAAUUUUGGCUAAUAUGGGUGCGUCUCAUCAUGAACAUGAUUCGUAUUCUAACCCUGGAAAGGUUAUGGAUCGUCAAGCGAGUGGUGGUCGAUCAGAUCGUCGUCCCAGCAAUAUGGUUGUUGAUGAUAGAUGGACAAAGAAUCAGGGUUCUGUUCCUGCAGGAUAUGCAAAUAACGCAGGUUUCCGACCUGGUCAAGGAGGAAACUCAGGAGUUCUAAGAAAUCCUCGUAUGCAGGGACCGAUUAUGUCUAGACCGAUGCAACCUGUGGGUCCUAUGGGAAUGGGCAGAAAUAGCCCUGACUUAGAAAGGUGGCAACGCGGUUCGAAUUUCCAACAAAAAGGACUGUUUCCUUCUCCGCAUACUCCGAUGCAGGUGAUGCACAAAGCCGAGAGAAAAUACCAAGUGGGUACAGUUGCAGAUGAAGAACAAGCUAAGCAAAGGCAAUUAAAGGGCAUCUUGAACAAGUUGACCCCACAGAACUUUGAAAAGCUGUUUGAGCAAGUUAAAAGUGUCAACAUUGACAACGCUGUUACACUUACUGGUGUUAUCUCACAGAUAUUUGACAAAGCCUUAAUGGAGCCUACCUUUUGUGAGAUGUAUGCAGAUUUCUGUGUGCAUCUGUCUGGGGCGUUACCUGAUUUUAAUGAGAAUGGUGAAAAGAUUACCUUCAAAAGAUUGCUCCUCAAUAAAUGUCAGGAAGAAUUUGAGAGAGGGGAGAAAGAAGAGGAGGAAGCCAGUAGAGUUGCUGAAGAAGGACAAGUAGAACAAUCUGAGGAGGAAAGGGAAGAGAAGAGACUCAAGGUUCGGAGGAGAAUGCUUGGUAAUAUUAGACUUAUUGGUGAGUUAUACAAGAAAAAGAUGUUGACUGAGAAAAUCAUGCACGCAUGCAUCCAUAAGUUGCUCGGGAAUGAGCAGGAUCCACAUGAAGAGAACAUCGAAGCUCUGUGCAAACUAAUGAGUACAAUAGGAGUUAUGAUCGAUCAUAACAAAGCUAGGAUCCAUAUGGAUGCCUAUUUUGAGAGAAUGAGAAUGCUAUCCUGCAAACAAGAACUGUCUUCUAGGGUGAGGUUCAUGUUAAUCAAUGCCAUCGAUCUGAGAAGGAACAAAUGGCAGGAGAGAAUGAAGGUGGAAGGGCCAAAGAAAAUUGAGGAAGUGCACAGAGAUGCUGCGCAAGAACGCCAGACUCAGGCUAACAGGCUUUCACGUGGACCCUCGAUGAAUUCGUCAGCAAGAAGAGGGCAUAUGGAGUUUAGUCCUAGGGGAGGAGGAGGAAUGCUGUCACCUCCAAGUGCCCAAAUGGGUGGUUUUCAUGGACCACCUCAAGGUCGUGGCUAUGGUAAUCAGGACAUUAGAUUUGACGAAAGGGCAGCUUACGAGCCUAGGAUGGUCCCAAUGCCUCAAAGAUCAGUAGGCGAGGAGCCUAUUACCUUGGGCCCUCAAGGUGGUCUAGGCCAGGGAAUGUCUACUAGAAAGCCUGCAGUACUAUCAAACACUUCGCAGCCUGAUGCUACCGGUGGUGGAGAUUCUAGGCGACCGGGUUUUGGUUUGAAUGGUUUUGGCUCACACAGACCUGCAAGUCCUGUUACUCACGGACGGUCAAGUCCUCAAGAGCGAGGAGCAACUUCUGUUCACAGGGACUUUUCAAGUGUGUCUCGUGCUUCUGAUCCGUCAUCAGAAGUUUCAUCCGCCAGGCAAGUACCACAAGGGCCAUCGUCAACAGUAAACAGCCCUCGGGAGAAUGCUUUGUCUGAGGAACGGUUACGCGAUAUGUCCUUGUCUGCCAUCAAGGAAUAUUACAGUGCCCGAGAUGAGAAGGAGAUUGGUUUAUGCAUGAAAGACAUGAAUUCGCCAGCUUUUCACCCAACAAUGAUUUCUCUCUGGGUAACUGAUUCUUUCGAGAGAAAAGACAAAGAAAGAGAUCUAUUAGCAAAGCUCCUUGUUAACCUCGUGAAAUCUGAUGACAAGGCCUUAACCGAUGUCCAACUAGCGAAAGGGUUUGAAUCAGUUUUGGCAACCCUGGAGGAUGCUGUAAAUGAUGCGCCAAAAGCAGCAGAGUUUCUUGGGAGAAUCUUUGGUAAAAGUGUGACAGAGAAAGUAGUGACAUUGACAGAGAUUGGCCGGUUAAUCCGGGAAGGAGGAGAAGAGCGAGGAAGUCUGAUAGAGUUUGGAUUAGGAGGCGAUGUUCUUGGGAAUGUUUUGGAGAUGAUAAAGACAGAAGCAGGAGAAGAAGCCUUGGUUGAGAUUCGCCGGAGCUCAGGUCUAAGGAUUGAAGAUUUCAAACCUCCUGCACCUAACCGGUCUAAAAUAUUAGAGAAAUUUACUUAG